AUGGCGGGGGGUAAAAGCAGCUCUUUCUUGUCCUCCUGCUUCAGCAAACGCAAAUCAAUGCCUUCCCAUAAGUCUCCAUCCUCAGAGCCAUUGUUGCAACAAAAGGAUGCCAUCAGAGUCCAAAGAAGAAAGAAUGGAUGGAAAGCCGUACCUUACAUCUUAGGUAAUGAAUCAAUUAUAAAGAUGGCAACAUAUGGGUUGCAAACAAAUUUUAUGGUGUAUUUGGUGAGGGAGUAUCACAUGGAUCAGGUUUCUGCUGCCAAUAUUCUCAACAUUUGGACAGGCCUCUACUGUUUAUUGACAGUCGUUGGUGCCUCAGUUGCUGAUAUCUAUCUUGGCAAAUUUCUCACCAUUGCUCUGGCUUCCCUUGCAAGUCUUCUGGGAAUGGUAACAAUAACUAUGACAGCCUUUGUGCCACAAUUAAGACCGCCGCCUUGCAUCCUUGAUGGUCAAAAACAUCUUGUACAAUGUGUCUCCAACACAAAAACCCAACUAGGUUUCUUGCUUGCUGGGCUAUCUUUGCUAGCCAUAGGCACAGGUGGAAUAGCGCCCUGCAGCACUCCCUUUAGCGUUGACCAAUUUGACUCAACCACUGUGGAAGGAAGAAAAUCAGUCCAUAGCUUUUUGAAUUGGUACUAUGCUUCAUCCACAGUGAUAAUGUUGAUCAACCAAACCCUAGUGGUCUACAUUCAAGACUCUGUUAGCUGGGCCUUGGGUUUUGGGAUCCCCACCCUCCUCAUGUUAUCUGUAAUUCCCCUGUUUUUGGCUGGCUCCAAAAUUUACCACCAUGUGAAGCCAGAAGGAACCACAUUUAUCAGCUUUGCACAAGUUCUUGUUGCUGCCUACAAGAAGCGCCAUCUUAAGCUUCACAACGACGAAAGGGUUUGCGGGGUUUUCUUGGAUGUUUCAUCGGAUGGAAAUGUGGUGCUCUCCAAGCACUCUCUCACUACAAAAUUCAGCUCCUUGAAGAAAGCAGCUUUAGUAGUGGACGAUGACCUAAAAGAUGAUGGGUCUUGCGCAAAUCCAUGGAGGCUGUGCAGCAUUCAACAGGUUGAAGAGGUGAUAUGCUUCAUGAAAAUCCUCCCAAUAUGGGCUUCUGGUGGCAUCUGCUUCAUGACCUCUGCACAAGAAGGAACAUUUGUAGUGUCACAAGCCCUCAAAAUGGACAGGCAUAUUGGACCCAAUUUCGAAAUGCCUGCUGGGUCAAUCAAAGUCAUGUCAUUGAUCACAUUAUGCGUGGGCAUCCCAUUGUACAACCGUGUCCUUCAACCAGCCCUCAGAAAGAUCACCAAGCAUGAAAACGGCAUCACAACUCUCCAAAGAAUAGGACUCGGGUAUUUGUUCUCGAUUCUGUUCGCGGUGGUUGUUGAGAGGCAAAGGAGAGCUUCUGCUUUGUCACAAGCUUCAGAAGAUGGCGUUGCGCCCAUGUCAGUUUUCUGGCUAUUUCCACAGCUAAUGUUCCUUGGCAUGGUUGAGUUGUUUGGCUUUGUUGGGCACAUUGAAUUGUACAACAAGGAGUUUCCUGAGAAGAUGAGGAGCAUUGGGAAUUCUCUGAUCUAUCUUUGCAUUUCUGGGGCUACUUAUUUGAGUACCUUGAUGGUGAGCAUUGUGUACAGUGUUACAGGGAAGCAUGGGGAGCCCAACUGGUUGGACAAUGAUAUCAAUGCCGGCAGACUGGACUAUUUCUUCAUCCUUAUAGCUGCGCUUGGGGUGCUGAAUUUUGCGUAUUUUUGGUCCUGUGCUCGUGGAUAUACUUAUACUUCCAGUGUAAAAGCAGUGGAGAGUAAAGAGACCGACAUUUUGGUUUAA